CUCUUGGAGGUCACAUGAAUGUUCAUAGGAGAGAUAGAGCCGGAUUACGACCGUCACUAUCAAGGGAUGGUCGGUGUCCUAUUCCGAACCUUAACCUUAACCCUAACCCUAGUGUAUAUCCUCCAUUCACUCGUACAUUACCAUCCUUGGUUUCUCCUAUUUCUACAUUACCUACACCACUUUUAACUUAUGAAGUCAAGAAAUGGACCAUUGAUGGUACCCCUCUCGACCCUUCAAGCCCCAAACUUUCCGAUUUAACAACAAAGGGAGCUCGAAAAUCCUUCUUCACUUCGAAAACUUUGAUGAUUUCACACAACAAGAAGGAUUCAAGAUCUUGA